AUGGAAACAAUUUUGAGGAGACUUAGAAGAUCUAGUAACAAAAAAAAAAAAACAAUAGAAAUAGAUGCAAUUGACGAAAAAGAAUGGGCCCAAUCAAAAACAUUAGAUUUAGCAGAGGAUUUGUAUGAUUAUACUUUAGAUAAGAAAUAUAAAAAUAAUAAAAAAAAAAAAGAAGAUGAAAAAAGAGAAGACAAUUUAGAAAAUUUAUAUGGAUUUAAAGAUAAAUUAGAAAAUUUAAAUGGUAAAAAUAAAAAAAAUGAAAAAUAUUAUGUAAAUUCCUUUUCACGAAUGAAUGAAGAUAUAACUAAUGUUAGUACAGAUUUUACUAAUGAAUACUACAAAAAAAAAAAAAAAAAUGAACAUGAAAAUAGCUUAAAUAAUAAAGAAAAAAAAAAAAUACAAUAUAUGUAUAAUGAUUUUGAAAAGUAUACUUGUGACACAAAAGAGUAUUCAGAAAAUGAUGAAGUGGAUUUAUAUGAAGAAGAAAUUGAUGAAAUAAAAAGUAAAGAAGUAGAAGAGGAAUAUGAAGAUGAGAUACGAAAAGAACAAAUAGAUGAAGACGAAGAAGAAAUAGAUAAUGACGAAGAAGCUGAAGAAAUAGAUGAAGAUGAAGAAGAAGAAGAAGAAGAAAUAGUUGAUGAAGGAGAAGGAGAAGAAGAAGAAGAAAUAGUUGAUGAAGGAGAAGGAGAAGAAGAAAUAGUUUAUGAAGAAGAUGAAGAAAAAUAUCAAGAAAUAGAAGUAGAAAAAGAAUAUAAAUAUGAUUAUGAAGAAAAAAAUAAUGACAAUGAAAAAGAUUAUAGUAAAAUUAAUGAAGAAAAUGUAUUAGAAAAUAUAAAAGGAGAAAAUGAUAAAGAAAAGUAUAUAGAAGAAAAUACAAAAGAAAAUAUAGAAGAGAAUGAAGAAUAUUUAGAAGAAAAAUUAGAUAUUUACACAGUUGAGGAAAUAGAUAAUGAGGUAGAAGUUUCUCAUGUUAAAGGAAAAGGUAGAUGUAUGUUUACAAAAAAAAAUUUAGAUCCAGGUUCUAUAAUAUUUAUUGAAAAGCCCUUGUUAAUUAUUACUCCUGGUUUAAAUGAAAAAUUAUGGAAUCAUUUAAAUAAAUUAAAUAAUGAAGAGAAUUUUGAACUACCUCUUAAAUGGCAUUUUGCAGCUUUAUGUAGUAUUACUAUUCUUGAUGAUUCUAGUUUUAAAGCAUGUAUUGAUAAAUGGGUUCCAGAACCUGAUAAGGAGCCUGAUAAAGAUGUUUAUAAUGUUUUAGAUAAAGUAUGUGAUAAGAAAAUUUCAAAAAAUGGUAAAAAAGUAUACUAUUAUAAAAAAAAAUUAAUUGAUCCAAAUAUAUAUGACAGAAUUAUACAAGUUUGGCAUUAUAAUGCUUUUGGACAUCAUACGGAUAGUGAAGGAUUAGUUUUAUACAAUCGUAUAUCAAUGCUUGCACAUAGCUGUAAUUCAACAGCUUGUUGGCAUUAUGGUGAAAAUGACAGUUUUGUUUUACGAGCAAGAAUUAAAUUAAAUGCAGGAGAUGAAUUAACUAUAUCUUAUCUUGGAGAUGAUGAUUUAUAUAAAUCUUCUAAUAUUAGAAGAGAAAAACUUACUAAUUGGUUAUUUGUCUGUAUGUGUAGUAGAUGUACUAAUCCAAUUGAUAAUUCUAGAGGUUUUAAAUGUUCAACAUGUGGAAUAGGAACCUUUUAUAUAAAAAAUGAUUACCAUGAUGAAAAUCCAAUAGUCACAAAAUGUAAUAUAUGUUUUUCUGAAAUAUCUGAAAGCACAGCUUAUGAAUACAUUGAAUACGAAAACAGUUAUAUAGAAAGACUUCAAGAAACAGAUAAAAGUGAUUUGCCUGAUGCAUUGGCUGUUUACGUUCAGGCUGAUAAAAUAUUUACACAACAUUGGAUAAUGUUUCAAUUAUAUACUAUUCUUUUUGAAGGUUAUAGAGAUUCUUGUCAAUGGGAGAAAGCUAUAUAUUAUCAGAUGCAGCGAAUAAAAUAUGCCGUUGAUGUUAUACCUAGAGCUAAUUAUGUUUUAGCUUGGUUAUAUGAAGAAUUGGGAGAAAUUCAUGCUAAUUCUAUAAAUACUGAUAUUUUAUUGACAGAAAAUGAUUUUACUAUUACAUACGAAGAAAAAAAAAGAAUUUGUUCCCAUUUUUUGAAAUCUAUACAUAUACUGGAAAUUUUAUGCGGAUAUUCACAUGAUUAUUUGAAAGAUUCUUUGAACAAGUAUUAUAGAAUUGAUAGUUUAACCACAAUUGAUGCUCCACAAAUAGAGGAAUAA